GUGGCUAAAAAUUGCAAUAAUGGCUAAAGAGAGACCUAGACUUUUAUUUGAAGAGAAAGAGGAAGAAGAAACGGAUGGGGUGGAGGAAAGAGAGAAACAAGGGAAUGGAGAGGAGGUAGCAGUGACAUAUAGCUCAUUGAAAGACACCGAAGAAGAAGCAGAAGGGGGAGUAGGAGGAGGAGAAUGGAUAGAACAUGAAACAGAUAAAGAGUCUCCUACAAUUUUUAAUGAAGACAAAGAGCGUCCAAGCAUGCAGUGUACUGCUGGGAAAGGAGUAUUUGCAAGAUAUCAUAAUAUGAGUGCUACAACGAACUUCACUUUUAAGGUGGUGUUUCUAGGUGAUCCAUCAGUAGGUAAAACAUGUGUUGCUAAACUCUACAUCUCUCGAAAGCAACAAAGGUCUACUCAGUCCACCAUUGCAUUCGACUGUCAGAAUAAAGAUGUCAUUAUUGAUGGGGUACCAAGCACACUCCAAAUAUGGGACACAGCAGGCAUGGAGCAGUUCAGGCGUGGCCUCAUCACCCAAUAUUACAGAAACGUCAAUGGAGUUGUAUUUGUGUACGAUGUAACAAGAAGAGAGUCCUUUGUAGAUGUACGAGAGUGGCUGGGUGAGUUAAGGCAGUACUGCCGUAAUAGCGAGCAUGUCAAAUUGGCUCUCCUUGCCAAUAAAUGCGACUUAGAGGAGGAGCGGCAAGUUCCCACAGAUGAGGGGAGACGCUAUGCAGAAGAAAAUGGAAUGAUUUUUGCCGAAAUCUCGACAGUGACAGAUACCGCCUUGGGAACUCUGGACUCUGUUUUCGAGAGACUUUCGUUUCAAAUGUUAUCCAGUAGACAAGAGAAUUCGCUUACUCGCAGUAUGGUUGAACAGCAGAGAGGAGGGAAUAUUAGACUAGAUCAGGACUGGGUGGUCAUUGAUGAGUUCCCCCGUGGUCCCUUCCCUCCUCAGGACAAUCAGAGACGGAGAACUUUUAGUCGGCAGGACUUGGAGCAAAGUUUCCGUAAAGUUUUUAAGAGACCAAGAAUGCCUGGGGCUGGUCCUAGGAUACCAUUUAGAAACAAUGAGAAUGGAUGCAGUUCAUGCUGAUGUAAUGUUGAUUGUUUCAUUUUAUGUGUGUAUAUGUUCUAUGAUAGCUUUACUUAUGUUUCAUGUUUAUUAUUAUUAUUAUCAUUGUUAUUAUUAUUGGUGACUAAUGUGAUAUGAAUUACAA